CUAACGUCUUUAAAAAAAUUAACUUUCUGAUCGGGAACCAAAACUUGUGGAACAUAUCAGCCUUUAUUUAAAGCGCACAUCUCAGGGUGUUUGUGAUGUGCUUGUACAGAAGGGGGAAAUGACUUUGCUCAAACCUAAUCAUGUGAUUAUUUUUCCUCUCUCGGUUUUACACGGGGAAUUUAGUUGAGCAAUUAGUUUGAGGGCAACUACCCAGUGUGAUGUGGUGAUAUCACAGAUGAGGAAGACGCGAUUGUUUCGUUCCAGUUUAUUUUUACUGUAACAUAUUCAAGAACUCGCUUUGGGCGCAGUUGGUUUUGACAAACAGACAUGGCCAGUGAUAAGUUUUACCGAAGGGGGAGUUUUAAUAGCUACCAGAGCAACACAAGUGAUGAAGAUAUGGUGGAGAUUGCAGGAGCACCUCUGGACUUUUCUUUGGCAGAUGAUAUUCCUCCACUGGAUAGGGAACCACAAAAAGGGUACACAGUCUAUAAUGGAGCAGGAAUGAAUGGUGCAAGUAAGAUGAUGGAUUUUUUUGAUGAACCACUUCCUGGUGUGGGAACGUAUGAAGAUUUCAAUACAAUCGAUUGGGUCCGUGAGAAAUCCAGGGACAGAGACAGACACAGAGAGAUUGCAAGCAAAAGUAAGGAAUCAAUCUUUGCACUUAUUAAGGGUUUGAGUGAUGCUUUCUCCGGAUGGUUGGUAAUGCUCCUAGUUGGGCUUAUGUCAGGUGCCCUUGCUGGUUUGAUAGAUAUGACUUCUCAUUGGAUGACAGAUCUAAAAGAAGGGGUCUGUUUAGUGGGAUUCUGGUACAAUCAUGAACAUUGUUGUUGGACAUCCGAUGAGAUCACUUUUGAACAGAGAGAUAAAUGUCCGGAAUGGAAGUCUUGGUCCGAACUGUUCCUUGACCAAUCUGAAGGUGCUGGUGCAUAUAUAUUGAAUUACUUCUUGUAUGUCAGUUGGGCCCUAGUUUUCGCUUUCCUAGCAGUGUCUUUGGUGCGAGUAUUUGCACCUUAUGCCUGUGGUUCUGGAAUUCCAGAGAUUAAAACCAUAUUAAGUGGUUUUAUCAUUAGGGGCUACCUAGGAAAAUGGACUUUAAUUAUUAAAACCAUCACCCUAGUUUUGGCUGUAUCUUCAGGCCUCAGUCUUGGGAAGGAAGGUCCUCUUGUACACGUGGCCUGCUGCUGUGGCAAUAUUGUUUGUCAUCUCUUUACAAAGUAUCAGAAAAAUGAAGCCAAGCGGAGAGAAGUACUAUCAGCAGCUGCUGCAGCAGGUGUAUCAGUAGCUUUUGGUGCCCCCAUUGGAGGAGUUUUAUUUAGCCUCGAAGAGGUCAGCUAUUACUUCCCUCUGAAGACUUUAUGGAGGUCAUUUUUUGCUGCUCUGGUUGCAGCCUUCACAUUACGGUCAAUAAAUCCAUUUCGUAAUAGUCGCCUUGUGCUCUUCUUCGUAGAAUUCCACAGUCCUUGGCAUUUGUUGGAAUUAUUCCCGUUUGUUCUUUUGGGAAUCUUUGGAGGACUGUGGGGAGCUUUUUUUAUACGUGCUAAUAUUGCCUGGUGCAAAAAGCGCAAGACCACCAUCUUGGGGAAGUACCCAGUUCUCGAGGUCCUUGUUGUGACAGCCAUCACAGGUAUUAUAGCUUUUCCUAAUGAAUAUACCAGAAUGAGUACCAGUGGGCUCAUUUCAGAAUUAUUCAAUGACUGUGGACUUCUGGACUCUUCGCCACUAUGUGACUAUAUUAAUGAUGCCAACAGUACCAAAACACUCGAUGACUUACCAGAUCGUGCUGCAGGUAAAGGUGUCUACAUGACGAUAUGGCAGCUGGCUCUCGCAUUGGUGUUUAAAAUCUUCAUCACAAUAUUCACAUUUGGUAUGAAGGUUCCUUCAGGACUUUUUAUACCAAGUAUGGCAGUUGGUGCUAUAACUGGAAGACUUCUGGGAGUGGGAAUGGAGCAACUGGCCUACUAUCACCAUGACUGGGUCAUCUUUAAAGGCUGGUGUAGUCCUGGAGCUGACUGCAUCACUCCUGGAUUGUAUGCCAUGGUUGGUGCUGCUGCAUGUCUAGGUGGUGUGACCAGGAUGACGGUAUCAUUAGUGGUUAUCAUGUUUGAACUAACGGGUGGACUUGAAUAUAUUGUCCCAUUAAUGGCUGCCGUAAUGACCAGUAAAUGGGUGUCUGAUGCAAUUGGACGAGAGGGCAUAUAUGAAGCACAUAUUCGACUGAAUGGUUAUCCAUUCCUGGAGGCAAAGGAAGAAUUUACUCAUAAGACAUUAGCAAUGGAUGUUAUGAGACCUCGGCGUAAUGACUCUCCUCUGACAAGUCUCACUCAGGAUGGUAUGAAGGUAGAAGAUGUGGAGGCAAUUAUUAAUGAAACAACCUAUAGUGGAUUCCCUGUAAUAGUAUCAAAAGAAUCCCAGCGACUUGUCGGUUUUGUCCUGAGAAGAGACUUAAUAAUUUCAAUUGAAAAUGGAAGGAAACGACAAGAUGGGGUUGUAAGCACCUCCAAUAUUUAUUUCACUGAACACUCUCCUGUGCAACUUCCAAACAGCCCUGCUGCACUCAAACUUCGUGCCAUACUAGAUUUGAGUCCGUUUACAGUUACAGACCAUACACCUAUGGAAAUAGUGGUUGACAUAUUCCGCAAACUGGGCUUAAGACAGUGUCUUGUUACCCACAAUGGGCGACUCCUAGGUAUAAUCACCAAAAAAGAUAUAUUGAAGCAUAUUGCUCAGAUGGCGAACCAAGACCCUGACUCCAUUAUGUUUAAUUAAAAUAAAGCUCUAUUCAUUCUAAUAGAUAUUACAGAGAGAAUAUUUUUAUUCAUGGUAACAUUCUAUGACUGGUAUUUGCAUCUUACCUUAAUCUCCUUAUGAAGAGGGAUAGCCAUACCACAAUAGGUGAACACCUGACUUUCAAUUGCACUACGUGAUCUAUAGAAAUUGUCUCUUAAGUUUUUCUUUGAUCAGCACUGUGGAAGUAUGUGGUGAUUGAAUGGAGAAAUAGAUUAAGUGUUUACUACUUCAGUUUCUUAUUAAAUGUGUUGUAGCAGUGGUACCAUUAAGCACAAGGUUUAUAAAUUAUUGGGCUUUGCCAGCAGAUAACCAAAAUGAUGAAUCUUUGGACCUUGAGAUUAGAAUACCUCAACUUUGGUAUUGUAAUGAAGUAUGGAUUUGACACCCUGUACUGUGAGAUUAAUGGAACCCAUUUAUCCCCUGAAAUUUUCUUUAACACAAGUAAUUUUAAGCUGUAUUUAAAAGAAUUCUGAGUAAAUUAAUUGUUCAUUUUUGUUUCACCGUCCAUCUCUUCCCAAUACAAGGCGGAAUAGAUUAUUCAUGCCAGCAGCUAUGUGGUAUCCACAUGUCAUCUAUCUUUACUCAACAUAAAUGUUUACAUGACUACAAAAUAGUAUAGUAUCAAGUUAUAUAGCUAAAUUCUGAUGAAAUAAUCAUCUGGGUGUUAGAUGAAUACAUGGAAAAUUUCUCAAAUAAUUUUCAUUAAAAUAGAUAACUCUACUUGUUCUAGGGGGCUGAUUUGUGUGUGAAAAAUGCCACAUUUCGACAUAGAUAUUAUAGGUUUUGUUUUGUUUGGAAGAAAGCAGCACUUUCCUUUGCUGUGUAACUCAUGGAGUGGGUUAUCACAUGUACAUUUUCUGUUUUACCCAAAGUGAUGCUCUACUAAGUAUAUGUGAAAUGUGAUAGUUCAUCAUUGAGCCAGAUCUCAGUGAUGUCUUUUGCAGGUCAAUCCAUUUUUAUUUAUUUGAAGCCAAUUUGUAUGGGUGUUAUGACAUGGACUUUGUACACAUGUAAGUUAUUUCUGACAUAUUAAGAAUGCACAUUGCCUCUGGACAUUCCAAUUGUAUGGAAAGUAUGGUUAUAAACUCAUGUCUGCAAAUUGGUUGACAUCUGUAAAGGCACUAUAACAGCCUGUGGCUGGCUUUAUCCUGCAAUAGUGUAGCUGAGAGCUUUUAUUAAACUGGUAGAAAUUAAGGAUAUUUUCCAUCCAUCUUAUAUUGAACAGAGCUUUGUCAAUAUCCUUGUAUCUGCCAGAUCUCUAGUCAUUUCUUCACGUAUCAAUUUAUCAAAUUUGAUGGAAAUAGAUGUUUUCAGAAUGAUUGAUAAAAAAUUUAACAAGUUUUAAUACAAAAAAUAAUGUUAUGUUUUCUUCUAGAUAUAACUACUUCAGUGUCAUAAUUUUUGCAUAAUUCUGGUCUUAGGUGCUUUAUUAUGAGAAUGAAUUCUGAAAUAAAUCUUGUCUCUUGCACGUCACUGUGAAGCACAAUGGA